AUGCAGCGCACUAAACAGUUAACAAAAACCAAAUCCAUUGCCAGCAUGGAUUACAAGAAGGUGCGCUUAAAAGGAAAAUUAGCCUGCAUCUUAGCCAUUAUCUUAGCUAUAGUUUGCACUGUGAGCGGCAAUCGACCGCCACGCUUUGCUAUUGAUGGGCAGUCGGAGAUUGUGCUGCGACUGAAGGAGAGCCCCGAGACAAAGGUGGGCAGUCAUAUAUACACGCUCAAGGGUUACGAUCCGGAUGACGAUGCGUUGAGCUUUGGCAAACGCAAUACGCCCGAUAGCGAUAUUAUACGCAUUGAGAAUACGGGCGGCACUGAGGCGCGCGUGUAUCUGGCCAAGGAGCUGGAUCGUGAGACGCAGGACGAGUACGCUAUUGUGCUCACCUUGACGGAUAGUCACUAUAGUGAGCACAAUUAUGUGACGCAAAGUUUUCUGCUGCUUGUCGAGGAUAUCAAUGAUAAUGCGCCUAUAUUUUUGCCCUAUCCGAAUGCUAUUGAGCUGCUGGAGGGCAGCGCGCCGGGUGUUAUUAGCACCUUGGAGGCCACCGAUGCGGAUGAGGGCGCCUAUGGCCAGGUGGUGUACUAUCUGCAGGAGCUGGAUGGCGACAAUGACAUCUUCAGCAUAGCCACGCACCAAGGCAAGGGCAUCUUGCGACUGGAGCGUGAGCUGGACUACGAGACCAAGAGCUUAUAUCAGCUGCGCGUGCUGGCCAUUGAUCGUGCCAAUCAGGGACCUGUCAAUACGGGCACUGCUGCCAUCUUAAUCAAGGUCAAGGAUAUUGAGGAUCAGCCACCGGAGUUUGUCGAAGUGCAAGCUGUGGCACGCAUUCCCGAAGAUGCGCCAGUGGGCACCAAAGUGCUGCGUGUGCGCGCUAUUGAUGGCGAUCGUGGCAUCAACAAUCCCAUAGCCUACUCGCUGGAUGGCAACGAUCUAUUUGACAUUGAUCCGCAUACGGGUGUUGUCUACACGCUCACUGUGCUGGAUCGCGAGGAGGAAAGCGAUCACGUCAAUGGCGCUCAUAUACUUAGAAUCACUGCUACUGAGCUCACCAAAUCUGCGGAGCAGACACAACAAGCUGCCGCCACUGUGCGCACUGAGGUUACCAUUAUUGUGACGGAUGUCAACGAUGAGAUACCCACGUUUGGUGCCUCCAUCUAUCGCUGUGAGGUGAACGAGAAUGCGCAGAGCAAUACGCCGCUCAACUUUUUGGAUAUGGAUGUGCAGAACUUUGUGUACGAUCACGAUGAAGGCAAGAAUGGCACAUUUCGUUUGUUUCUCGAUCCACCCAACGAUCUAUUCGAAAUUGUGCCCGAUCUGGCGGUGAAUGAAGCCAACUUUAUGCUGCGUGUUAAGAACUCCAAGUCGCUAGACUUUGAGCAAUUUGUUGAGGUGAAUUUUACAAUAUUUGCGCGUGAGAUUGAUGAGCCCAGCCGUUGGAGCUCGGCUCAUGUGCAAAUCUUUAUACGCGAUCAGAAUGACAAUUUUCCCGAGUUCAGUCAAGCAGUAUAUAACGCUGGUGUACCCGAGAAUAGCGAGCUAGGCACUAUAAUUGUCAAGGUGUCGGCGCAGGAUGUGGACUCGGGCGAUUUUGGCAGUCUGGGUAUACGCUAUACAAAUCUAAGAGGAGGCAUUGCGCAUUUAUUACACUUAAAUCCAAUUACGGGUGUCGUUAGCAUUAGGACGCCCGGCACUGCAGCUUUCGAUCGUGAGAUAAUAUCUCGCCAUUAUUUGACUGUCGAAGCCAUUGACAAUGUGGGUCAAGGCAAUCGCAACACUGCGCAGAUUAUAAUUGACAUACAGGAUGUGAAUGACAAUGCGCCCACAUUUCUGCAGCGUCAGUACGAGGCGAAGCUUUUAGAGAAUAAGCGUGAAUUCGAGACGCCUCUGCAGCUGGAAGCUCGCGAUCUUGAUCUAAACGGCACCGAGAACAGUCAGAUAACCUAUGAAAUAGUCGAGGGACUAUACCGCCUGAACUUUAGCAUUGACCCAGAGACGGGCGUGCUGCAGCCAUUGCAGCCAUUUGAUUUUGAAGAGCUGGUGGAAAAUCAGCGCAGUCGUGCCAAUGAUAAUAUGCGUGCUAUUGAUUUGCUAGUGCGUGCCAGGGAUUCGGGCAUACCCAUGCUCUCUACUGUAGUGCCCGUGCUGAUUUAUGUGCAGGAUGUCAACGACAAUGCGCCCAUAUUUCAAAAGAGUUUCUAUACCAAAACGGUGCCCGAAGAUUUGCCUGGAGGUAGCGCCAUACUACAGCUGCAGGCAAGCGAUCGCGAUGGCUCAGCGCCCAACAAUGUCAUUGUCUAUCGCAUACAAACUGGCGCUAGUGACAAGUUUAUUAUUAACUCGGAGACUGGCGUCAUAACUGUAGCACAGGGCGCUAAUCUAGAUCCUGAUCUGACUGACAGCAGGCGCAUGCUCUACAGCUUGCAAGUGCUGGCACUAGAUGGUGGCUUGGGCAACUCUCAACUGAUGAGCAUAGCUACAGUAAACAUCAGCAUUAAGGAUGUGAAUAACAAACCACCGCUGUUGACAGAUUUGCAGCCCUUGAAAAUUAUGGAGAACACGCCUGUGGGCACUUUGGUGCGUCAUAUCAGAGCCACAGAUGCAGAUCAGGAUGCUAUACUGCGCUAUAAGCUUAAUGCUGAGCAUAGUGAGGCGCGCAAUGAGGAAGGCGCUUUGGUUAAGGCCACUGAAUAUGAUUACCUGGCUGCAUUUGAGCUGGAUGCCAUACAGGGCAGUCUGCAGGUUAUAAAACUGCUCGAUCGCGAGCGUGUGGAACACAUUAAGCUGGCUAUAACUGUAGAGGAUCUGGCUGCAGCCAAGGGCAGGCAAAUUGUUGAAGCUUACUUAAGCAUACAAGUGCUGGAUGACAAUGACAAUAAUCCGAAGUUUAGGCAGCCCUACUAUCGCCAGAGCAUUACAGAGAAUAGCAUGAAUGGCGCUAUGAUUGUCAAUGUGCUUGCCUAUGAUCUGGAUCAGAAUCGCACUAUUACUUAUGAGCUGGAGGGCAAUCCUGUGUAUCGCCAUCUGCUGCAUUUGGAUGCGCAGACGGGUGAAAUUGUUGUAGCCAAUAAGAUUGAUCACGAGCAGCAUCAGUGGCUCAACUUUAGCGUACGUGCUACAGACUCUGGCGUGCCAGCGCGUUCCGCUUUGGUGGAGGUUUUUGUCAAUGUGCUGGAUGAGAACGACAAUAAUCCUUACUUCAUAGGAGGCAGCAAGAAUUAUACGAUUAGCGAGCAUGCGCUGCCCGGUGCACGUGUGGCCACCAUACAAGCUGCCGAUGCGGAUGCAGGAGAUUUUGGCAAAAUUACAUUCCUAAUGGAUCGUAUAAGUUCGCAGGGCAAGUUUACUAUUGAUGCGGAUACUGGUGUGCUAACCGUAGCCGAUACGCUCGAUCGCGAGACCAAAGACUUUUAUAAUCUGGUUAUAGAGGCUUGGGAUAAUUAUCAGUUUGGCUUUCUGGCAGGUGAAAGCCGCAAUGCCUUCAAGCAAGUGUUCAUUACCAUACUGGAUGAGAAUGACAAUGCACCUGAGGUGAGCUUGCCCACGAGCUGUGUUUUAAUUACGGAAUAUCAUGAGCUGCAUGAAAGCAUAGCAAGCAUCGCAGGCAAGGAUGCGGACGAUGCCAACUUGCCCAAUGGUCAGCUGGAGUUUGCUAUUACACAGGGCAAUCAGAAAGGACUCUUUGAGCUCAGACAACUGGAUGCUUGGCAUGCUCAAGUCUUUGCCAGCAGCUCGUUGCGCAACAAGUACGGCAACUAUAGUCUAACCAUUACCACCAGGGACUUGGGUGUGCCAGCGAAUGUUGUGCAAAGCACGCUGGACAUUUGCGUCUCGGACUUUAACGAUCAUGCGCCUGUGUUUGUCAGACCCUUGCAUAAUACCACUGUGCGUGUGCCGGAGAAUGCAACAGUGGGCACAAUGAUACUGCAAGCAUUCGCCAGCGAUGCGGACAUGGGUCAGAAUGCAUUGGUGCGCUAUCGCCUCAAGCCAGAUCCCUUGGGCAGCUACAAGCUGUUUGAUCUGCAUAGCCAAACGGGCGAGUUGUUUCUGCGUGAGAAGCUGAAUCGCAACAAGCAAAAGAUACAUGAGCUAAGAAUCGAAGCCUAUGAUCAGGGCUUGCCCACAUCUUUGAGCACGGAUCUGGAUCUAACCGUAUACGUGCGCAAUGUGAACGACUAUGAGCCACAGUUUGUUGUAAAUGAAAUAUAUGUCAACGUUACGGAGCACGCUGAUGUGGGCGCCGAGCGCAUUAAGCUGCCGGAUACCAUUGACAAGGACGAACUAGAUUUGGACGAACAAAAUGAAUUGCCACAUCAGGUUUGCUUCUUUAUACUGCAAGGCAAUGAGCUGGGCUACUUUCGGCUGGAUCCCGAGACACAUGUGCUCACUGUAGCGCAUGAAAUAGAUCGUGAAAUUACAGCCAACUUUACGCUAUACAUCAAGGCAACAGAGCAUUGCUACAAUGACUCCAAGGGCACGCGUCCGCUGGCUGCGUCACGUCAGUUGCGCGCCAGCUAUGAUGACUAUGCCAGCUCCGAGGAAACAGAGCAGUUUAGCUAUGAAAACGAAGCUGUGCCGGCACUGGAUAGCACUAUUAUAUGUGUGCAUGUGCGUGUGCUGGACAUAAACGAUAAUCCGCCACGUUUUCGUUCGAAAAUAUUUACUGGCGGCAUUACUACGAGUGCAGAUUUUGGCUUAAGGUUUAUGCGUGUGGAGGCUUUUGAUGCGGAUGCGGGCGCUAAUGCUAAAAUUGGCUACUACCAGGUGGGCGAGAUUAGGCAAACGCUUUCGGAGGGUCUGGAGAAUGUGCGCAAGGCGCCAUUUCUGCUUGAUGCCGAGACGGGUGAGGUGCAGCUGAACUUUGAUCCACAAAGAGGCAUGAAGGGCUACUUUGACUUUAUGGUAUUGGCCAACGAUACGCUGGGCAUGCGUGAUGUUGCCCAUGUGUUUAUCUAUUUGCUGCGCGAGGAUCAGAAGGUGCGCUUUGUGUUUCGCCUGCAGCCGGAUGAGCUACGCUCUCGCAUAGAAACGUUUAGAGACACGUUAAGCAAUAUAACUGAGUCAAUUGUAAAUAUUGAUGAGAUCAAAGUGCAUGAGAACAAAGAUGGUUCGGUGGACAAGACCAAGACAGAUUUGUACAUGCAUCUAGUGGAGCGCGAAGAUAAUUCCAUCUACGAGGUGUCCGAGGUGUUGAAGCUUAUCGACACACACAUUGAAAGUCUGGAUGAGUUGUUCAAGGAUCUCAAUGUGCUGGAUACACAGCCCGCCGAAGCGCAACUGCUGACUGCUGGUCCCACAAAGAGCCCACUAUUUAUCUGGCUGGUCUUUGUCAAUCUAUUUCUGGCCACAUUGCUUGUGGUGACACUAACGCUCUGCGCCUCACAGCGCAAAGGCUACAAGCGACAGCUGCGCGCCGCCAAAGUUAAUAUAUUUCGAGCACAUUCUUCGCUGUCGCUGCAGCAUCCACAUGAACCUGCUACGCGCGUGCCCAAUACCAAUAAACAUAGUGUGCAGGGCUCUAAUCCCAUCUGGCUGAAGGGCUAUGAGAACGAGUGGUUCAAGACAGAAGAGAAUCUCAGCGUUGGCGGUCAUGACUCUUUGGAUGACAAUUUUCUAGCCGUUGCUACGCAGGACAUGCAUGAAACGCUUAAGGGAACAGCCAAGCUGUUUAACAAUACCAACGAUCUGAAUCGUCAUUUUAAUCUGUACAAUCAAAUUGAUAAAUUAACAAAUAAUGCUCAAAUCUUAGCGCGCAAAUUGGAAACAACCGAAUUAUAGCAGCGCUAUAGACCCACUUGCUUAAC